AUGCUGAGGCUGGUGGCGGCGGCGGCAUCACGAUGCCGCGCGCGCUCUGCUCGCCUGGCCGCCCCACACACGUCCGUCUAUCGCGCGUCUGCAGCUGCGUUGCAGCGCAAGGUCGAAACAUCUCCUCGCUUCUUCUCGCUGGACGCGGCUCUCCGCAUCCCUCCCAAGGGCAUCGACGGAACCAGCGAGGAGGUGUGGCACGAGACGGUGGCCCCUGCGCUGCGCACGUUCCUCGAUCUCAACAAGCACCUGAUGGUGCCGAUCUCCUUCGUCGUCCCAAUUAACGACGACGCGUGGCCUCGCGAGACCUGGGGGUACCCCCUGGGCAAGCACGCUGCGUGGCUGCGGACUCGUUGGAGGAAGGGCCAGGAGUUGCCGCGCUUCGCUCAGGACGAUCUGGAAGAGCUUGACUUCGCCUUCGACCGCAGCCAAUACAUGUGGGAGCACUUCCUCAAGCCUUCUCUGCGCCGCUACUUCGAGCUGCACGGAGACUCGGAUGUACAGCAGACCUACCGCAUCCCGGAGAGCGACCCCAAGUGGCCCGAGAGACUGCGGGGGUUCUACAUCGGCCCGCGGGUGUUCAACAUCCGCCACCGUGGAGACUUCAAAGCUCAAAUCGAACGGGAUGCUGCGGAGUUGGACGAGAUCAGGUUCUGCUACGACUCCACCACGUACGAACGCGACUGGCGCGAAAGGGUGCUGGCGUCGCUCAAGGUCUUUCGCAAGGAGUUUGGCCAUUGCGCCGUGCACAGAACGUUUAAGGUGCCGGACUAUCCGCCGUGGCCGAAGGCUGCAGCGGGGCUGCCUCUAGGUAUCACAGUUAACAACAUCCGAAGCAAGGGCUACUAC